AUGGGAUGGGAAACAGCCAUUGGAUCAACAUCAAAUCCUCCAACGUUUGCACAAUUAACGACGUUUUUCACCUCAAGACUGCGAGCCCUGGAAACUGUUGAAGGAGCAUCCAGUUCAUCAGCAUCGACUACGAACAUAAUCGAAGCUCCGAAGCAAGGGAAGCGGACGUCCGUCAACUCCACGCUUCGUGUCAAGGCGCACGCGACGCACACCGCUGGAGAAGGAGCUCGAAAAUGCCUUAUUUGCCAAAAGGACUACUUUAUUCUCUUUUGCCCGACCUUCAAAGGGAUGAAUCCGCGGGAUAGAAAGCAACUGGUAACAGAAAAGCGACUGUGUUAUAAUUGCUUGGCACCACACUCUUCACAAGCUUGUAAAUCAACUAAAGGGUGCCAAGUUUGCGUUGGUAAGCAUCAUACCUCCCUUCAUUCUACUUUUGAACAAUCUUCUGCUGCUCGCUCUUCUCUUUCCAAACAGGUGCCAGACUCGAGUCGCGAGACGAUCGACGAUCUGCAACAGGAGCCAUCCGCUUCAGUUUCUAAAAAGGUUACACAUUGCACAAUGACUUCCUGCUCCGUAACCUCCGCUGUAUCGGUCAUACUUGCUACCGCGGACCUAAUGCUAGAGUCCGACCAGGGAAGGAGAGCGGUAGUGAGAGCUUUGAUCGAACCUUGCUCAGAGGUUUCUUUGAUGGAGGAGAGCGUGGCUCAGAUUCUAAAUCUAAAGCGGGUACCUGAGAAAAUUCCGAUUAUUGGCGCCGGAAAGACGCAAACUUACACGAAUGGUAGGGUCUCUCUUCGUAUAUUUUCUCGUUUGGACCAAACUAUAUCGUAUCGCCUCACGGCAUACGUUCUUCCUAAACUAUCGUCCUACCAAGCGGCGAAAUCUUCGUGUCCUUCCGUUCUAGCUCAUUUGGAGGGACUAGAACUGGCCGACCCUAACUUUCUAUCUUCGAAACAUAUUAAUCUGAUUUUAGGAGCGGAUAUCUACGCUCAGAUAAUAAGAGCGGGUCUAAAACCACCUAACGCUCCUGUCGCUCAAGCCACUUCACUUGGGUGGAUUUUAACUGGGCCGUUAAGGCAAACUCACAACUUAAAUAACAAUACUAAUCUACCUAUCUCGUUGCAGUGUUCCAUGCGAGAAUCAGAUCUGGUUGAAACGCUUACUCGCUUUUGGAAAAUCGAGGAAAUUCCCGCAAAAUCUAAUCCGUUAACCGAGGAGGAAAAAAUGUGUGAGGAUCACUUUGUAAAAACGCAUAGGCGAGACAAAUGUGAAAGGUAUGUCGUUUGUUUACCUUUUAAAUUUUCGCCUUCGGAAUUAGGCGAAAGCAAGGGAAUAGCAAGCGCUCUUCUCUCAAAACUUGAAAAACGCUUUCAACGCGACGUCGAUCUUCAAAAGGCCUAUGGCGAUUUCUUGUCCGAAUACGAAGACCUCGGUCACAUGGAGCGCGUCUCUGAACCGAUAAAAAAUCAACAAUUAGGUUAUUAUCUGCCGCAUCACGGCGUGCUACGUGAAUCGAGUUCAACUACAAAACUGAGAGUAGUCUUUAACGCAUCAUUUAAAACUUCAACUUCUUUAAACGACCCGGUUCACACAGGUCCUAACCUUCUUCCCGAAAUCUAUUCUAUACUAUUGAAAUGGCGCAAGCACGCCAUAGCGUUCUCUGCAGACGUUGAAAAAAUGUACCGUCAAAUUCGGGUUGAUGAGAAAGACUGUGAUUACCAAAGAAUCGUUUGGAGAAGCAACGCAAAUCAACCUGUAACAAGCUACCGUCUUUUAACUGUAACUUGCGGGACAGCGUGCGCUCCAUAUCUCGCGAUUCGCACGCUAAAACAACUGAGCAGGGACGAAGACGAGGCAUAUCCAUUGGCAGCUCAAUACCUCCGAAAUGACGUUUACGUUGAUGACGUAAUUUCGGGGUCAGAUAAUCUGGAAGAGGCCAGUCAGCUCCAGCAACAAUUAAUCGAGUUGUUGAGGGCGGGCGGCUUCAAACUGGGGAAAUGA